AAAGCGAGUAACGGCGCGCGGACGCGCGGCGCUCGCGGCUCCUCUUCCUCCCGCCUCUUACUCGCCUUUAAAUGCACUUCUCGCGCUUGAGAGCGACGAUGAGGCUCCUGGCUGAGAGCGGGACCGCGACACUGUGGUAAAAACCGCCGCGCGCAAAGCCUGGCGAGUGAGCGAACAGAUGGUACGAGAACAGUACACCACCACGACUCAGGGCUCCACUGUCCCCGUCGCCAACCCUGAGUACAUCUACAAAAUCGGCAUCUAUGGCUGGAGGAAGCGCUGCCUCUACCUCUUCGUGCUGCUCCUGCUCGUCAUCCUUGUGGUGAACUUGGCGCUCACCAUCUGGAUUGUCCGGGUCAUGUGGUUCAACUCCGAAGGGAUGGGGCUGCUUCAGGUGAAAGCGGACGGAGUGCGACUUGAGGGUGAAUCUGAAUUCCUCUUUCCAAUCUAUGCCCAGGAAAUCCACUCCAGAGAGGAUUCAUCCCUUCUCAUUCACUCUCCGCAAAAUGUGUCCCUGAACGCUCGCAAUAGCCAUGGGGAUGUCACAGGGCGUGUGACAGUAGGGCCGCAACUGGUCGAGGCACACGGGCAGGGGUUCGAGGUGAGCUCACACGGCGGCAAGAUGCUGUUCUCUGCGGAUGAGAACAAGGCCGUGGUUGGGGUGGAGAAACUGCGUGUGACAGGUCCCCAGGGAGCCAUCUUUGAGCAUUCGGUAGAGACACCCCAGGUCAGAGCAGAGCCUUUCAAAGACCUAAGGCUGGAGUCACCCACUCGGACCCUAAUCAUGGACGCGCCCCGAGGAGUCCACAUCAAAGCGAUGGCCGGCAACAUUGAGGCUACAUCCAAUUUAGACGUGCUCCUGCACACAAGUGAAGGAAUGGUGAUCCUGGAUGCUGAGAACGUGCGGCUUGCCAAGUUGCCCAUGGGGAAGGGCGGCGUGGCUGGCAUUGCCCAGGGACUCUACGAGGUGUGCGUCUGCCCCAGCGGGAAACUGUACCUUACCAAGGCCGCUAUGACCUCUACGUGCUACCACAGCCAGGACUGCUAGGUGAUGGCACUGAGCCUCCAAACCACCAGGUGACGCUGAUGUUCAGGAUGAGCUUCAGCUGCUCCGUUACACCUCCCGCGAGGGCAUCUUUAAGCUGCUGGUUUUAUCCAAGUGCAGCUAACAAUUUCACACCAUGUCUGUCUGUAAAGGUGAGUAGUACAUGAAUAUUGAAUGGAAGAGUGGCAUAAAGCCAUAAUUUUCUCCCACCUUUAGUACCUUUAAUGCGAGAGCCGAUCUUUUGUGGGGCGAAGGGGCGGAAGAGUAGGCAACAUGUACCCCCUAGUAAAAUCAAGAUAUAAUUUAUCUCCCUUCUUCUGCUGUGGUGGCCUUGACUGAACAUGUACACUUUGGUCAAGGGUAAAAAAAAAAAGAAAGCCACACAAGGGUUUGAACCUACAACCUAAAGGUUAUGAUUUUAAGUUCAUGACAAUGUUUUUUUGCCAUAAAUGUUCCGGAUUCUUAUCAGCAUGUUAAUGUGCAAAUAUGGGACAUUGAACCAUUUAGGUGAAGUCAGAUUAGCAUUUGACGGCACAUAACAAUCACAGGUAUUAAUGUGGUAAAGAAACCACUGAAUGGUGUAAUUCUAUUCACAGGUGUACAUUACCCUUAGUAGAAUGGAGUACAUCAGAGUGAGAGAAGGAACUGGAGUUAAGAUGCAAGCAUAUUGAACAUUUCAUGAGAGAAAUGUGGCAUUUUUUCUAUAUAUUUUAAGUGGCUAUCUUUUACAUGUUAGCCAACACUUCAUUUGUUUAUUGUAUAUAAUCCAAGUGAGGGCUGGGCAACAAGGAGCUGGUAACAGCUUAAAUUCUAUGCAAUACUUUUUGUGGUGCAAUAAUGCAGCAAAUGUAUUUGUCUAGCAAGUAUGCAGUCUCAUGUUUUUUUUUCCUGUACAUUAAGCUUUAAUGUAAAAACAGACACAAGACUUUCAGGGAAAAAAUCAGUUUCCAUUUACUAGUCUCAAAACUGCCAUAAUAAAAGCAGACAUGCCUGUUCGUGCUCCUGUUUGUCUGCAUGGUUUAUUUUUGUUUGUUAAUUUUCGCACUGUGUAGCAGUUUGUUUGUGAUAAGAAAAUGUUUUAUGUUCAAAAGGUGCUGUUCAGACAAAAAAAUGCAAUCUUUUAAUUACCCCAAACACUUUGGGACAACAUUACAAAAGAAAUUCAUUGUUAAUAUGGUUCAAGCUAUUAUCCCUGCUACUACAUACUUAUUUUGUUGCUAAAGACUGAAGUUGUGAAGUUAUAGUGUCCAAAGGUACUGAUUUUUCAGUAUUUGUGAA